CCAUCAAAAGAGUUCACCAACGAUCUGCUCAUUAAGACUAGCUCUUUCCACUCCUGUAACAUACACUCAUCACCACAAUAAUGGGAAAGGUUCAUCUGGAGGAUAACGAUACCGAAGAAAAUAAAACUGAGUUUAGUUUAGUUCGGGUCAAGGGCACCUGGAAGUGCAAACUGGGAAAGAAUUUCAAUAAAGACAAAGCUGACUGCGUCUCUGCUGCAAAAAUCUAUGAGAACAUCACAGAAAAGGGCACCAGUUGGACAGUGGUCAGCCCCAUCGUCUUCACCUACAAGGUAACUGAGACCCGGGACCUCCUGGACCCGAGCAACGACACACUCCUGCUGGGCCACAUCACCGACCCGCAGCAGCUGGAGGACAUUAAAAAAUCAAUUAAGCCAAUCAAACGCUUUGUGGUCGUUGACCAAGAAGUCUACAAAAUCUACGGUGAGAAGCUAACUGAAUACUUAGAGGCCAACAAUGUCCUGUACAAGAUCUUGUCUCUACCCACCACAGAAGAGAACAAAUCCAUGAAAAUGGCCUUGAAGAUCUUAGAGGAGGUCAACAGCUUCUCCCUGGACCGCCGCACAGAGCCCAUCAUUGCCAUUGGUGGAGGGGUUUGCCUGGAUAUCGUGGGCCUGGCGGCCUCACUUUACAGAAGACGCACCCCUUACAUCAGGGUCCCCACCACGCUGCUCUCCUACGUCGAUGCCAGCGUGGGAGCAAAGACGGGGGUUAACUUUGCAAACUGCAAGAACAAGCUGGGCGCCUACAUUCCACCCGCCGCCGCCUUCCUCGACCUGUCCUUCUUACAAACUGUUCCACGACGGCACAUCUCCAACGGGCUAGCGGAGAUGUUAAAGAUGGCCUUGAUGAAACACAGAGGCCUCUUUGAGCUUCUUGAGACACACGGCCGCAUGCUGCUGGACACUAAAUUCCAGGCUGACAACAGUGUGUACGGACGCAACCGCUUACAGGCUGCAUCACAGGCGACUCGUAUCGCCAUCGUAACCAUGCUGGAGGAGCUUGCCCCAAACCUUUGGGAGGAUGACCUAAACAGACUUGUGGACUUUGGCCACCUUAUCAGUCCAGCGUUAGAGAUGAAAGUUCUCCCGUCUCUGCUGCACGGCGAGGCGGUGAACAUCGAUAUGUCGUACAUGGUCUACGUGUCCAAAGAGCGCGGCCUGUUGACAGAAGACGAAAAGCAAAGGAUCAUCAGCUGCAUGGUGGGCCUGGAGCUGCCUGUCUGGCACGAGGCGUGCACCAUGGAGCUCAUACAGAAGUCUCUGCAGGACAGGCUGAAGCAUUCGGGAGGCCUGGUCAGGAUGCCUCUUCCUGUCGGUCUUGGGGAAUCGGAAAUUUCUAAUGACACACCUUGUGAGAUCCUGCACAGAGCUUACGCAAAGUGGUGUGAUGAGCUGAGCGCCUCCUCUGACGGCAACUGUGACUCUUAACCUGCUGCCCAAAC